UUUCGUCUAGUAUCAUCGUGAGGACGGCCGAAUCGCUUCUCAUAAUCGGACAAACGAGGUAACAGCUAAACUGGCAAUCAAAACUCGGGACGAGCACACUUUGGCACUAGCGUACGACAAGUUUUACUGGUUCGAGGUGUAAGGCCUCGGGCGAUCUUGCUUUUUACAGUACACGCGACGUCGUUGUAGAGGUAGUCAAAGAUCUCUCUUGCUUACCGUUGAUUCCUCCCCUCUCCAUCUCGUUCAGAGAAUGAUCCUUUCUCUUUCUGUUUCCACGAGAAUACCUGGAGAAGCUGCGAGAACGAGAAAGAGAGAGAACGGAACGAGAACGGCGCGGAACCGAACGUACCGAGUAGAAGGAGGAGCUGAAGGAGACUCCGGUGGUGGUGGAGGUGGAGCAAGAGGAGGAGGAGAACGGAACACGAGAGAUCGGCAGCACAGUUUCGUGUUCAGCUCAGCUCGGUUCGGCUCAACCUCAUAUCGGAUCUCCGUGUUUCGAGGCAAACCGUUCUUCAAAUUUGUCGCUACAGAUCUUCCUCUGAUCCGGUUGUUAUCGCCGGCCGGGCAAGAACGGCGAAGUUCCGGCCGAGGAACGAGUGAAAAGUCGCGAGCAACAGAGCAUCGCACGGAGAUCGUUCCCGUUUUCGAAACUGUCUGCCGAUCCCUUUUCUGCUCUCGGCAAAUUUCUAGAGUGGUGCGUAGUUCGCAACGUCGCUGACGUACACGGAGGGAUCAUGCGACCGACGUGUCAUCUGACAGUGGUGAUCGCGCUGUUCCUUCAGGCGGCCACCCUACACGCCCAUCGCGAGCACAAGGUUCACAACAUCGUACUGUACCCCGACAAGCACAGCUGGUGCAAGACGACUCCCAUAAAGCAAGUCGUCACGUGGCCGCAAUGCUCCUCGCAGGAAUUGGAUAACAACGUUUGCGUGGGAGCUUGUUUCUCGUACAUGGUGCCACACAGCGAACCUUCCGCUCCUGGUGACCUAAUCAGACCUUACUGCGACUCUUGUCAGCCUUUGGACAGCGUUUGGCACACGGUUACGCUGGACUGCAAGGACGAGACCAACAAUCCGAUCACCAUGCAGAAGAAAGUGCAAAUUAUCACCAAUUGUUCCUGCAGCUCCUGUAUGGAAACAUCCAGGAUCAAGCCAGAUUACAAUACUCUGCUUCAGCAAUUAACCGUGGAGAACUUGGAUAAGAAUGUGAACGUCGUUCACGAAAAACCAGAUCUCUUGGAAAACCCAAACUUGAACUCCUCCAAAAAUACCACCAGAGAUGGUGUUCAGGCUAACGAGAGAUUCUUGCAGCUCUUCAAGCAGCUCAAGGACUCCGAGAAGUUGGAGCAAUCUGGGGCCAAGGAGCUGUUCUCGAAAAUCGACGAGGACAUCGACUUCGACAAACUAAGGGAGUUGUUGGACAAGUACGGCCAGGAGGAGGAGAAGCAGCACACUCAUCAGCAUCUACAUCAACAUCAGCAUCAAUCGACUGGAAAGCAGCAGCAGCAACAACAGCAACAGCAUCACUCGACGACGGUGCUUCAUCGAGGACCUCAUCAUUCGAUGGUUUUAGAUCCCGACGUGAAAGAGAAAAUCGACGUGGAACCGCACUAUCUACAUCCAGCUGUUCCCGGCCAGGAAAUCAGCUACCACGACAACGUAUUAGUGGAUAAGGAUAAGAAGAAAGAUUUCUGAGAUUUAGGAUGUAUGUCUCGUGGUGGAAACGCGUGUUUGGUCGAGUUUGAAACUUCGAUCAAACAAAGUUGAUAGAAACGUGUUUGGUAUUAGCGAAUGAGAUCAUAUCUUCUCUAUAUUUGUUAAGAUUCAUUCGUGACCUAGUCCAGUCCGUAGUAAAUUGUUCGAUUCGAUCUAGAAACUAGAGAUUCGACUUAUCUCGCGAACGAUAUAUCUGUAAAUAGCAAAAAUUCUACGUUCUUAUUUCUUUCUUUUUUAUAUUUACUUUUUAGUAAGCAAAAGAUGGAUAUCUUUUAAACUGUUACUCUUGAGAAGCUAGCUUGGAAACUUGGGUUCGAUGUGAGAAAUCUCGUCAGGGUUUAAUCGUAUUUAGGAAACGUUGUUGAGCAAAAGUUGACAAUACGGAAACGAAGAAAAAGGGGAGAGAGAAAUUCUAAUAUAUAUUUUAAUUAUUAUUAUAUUAAUUAACUAUUUAAUAUACUCGCGCGCCUAAUGAUGGAAUAUACGUACGUUCGGAAUUUUUAGCUCGUAAUUAGCACAACUGGCAACCAUUGUAGACGUCCAAAGGCGUUGUAUCUUGUUGAUUGCUUUAAAAGUAUACAUUAUAUCCAUUGUCUCGCAGAGAAUAAACGAAGUCCGUACAACA